CACUGUACAACGUGCAACACACAUUGUUGCCAUUUACUAUAGUUUUUGAAAGCAUGGUUUGGGAUAAAUACCAAACUUCAUAUAACCAAAGUCAAAGAGCAUGUUAUAAGUCGUUAGUCUUUAUCCUUGACUGUGGCAGAUAUGGGACUUUCCGCUGUAAAACGAGUUUACUUUCGGUUUCAGUUACAGACAGAUAGACUCGGUCGACGUUUGAGCUAGCAGGCUGUUGGGAUUAACUCAAUUUUUGUUGAGUUUGUAAGAGAAAUAUCGGUGUCAGAUUCCGUCCUCAGGCUAAUUUCAAAACUUCACAUCAGACUUGGUUGGUCGAAAGGAAAUAAUCUGGGCAUUAUGCCAAAAAUGAGCUACUUCUCCCCCCUACUGUUCGUGGGCCUGGAUGUGUGUGUGAUGCACGCCAUCCGCUUGGCCCAUAUCUCAUCCGCCAUUGUCUUCCAUCCGUUCAUCACCCUGUGGGGAGGAGGGCUGGCCAGGGCUUGCCUCCUCGCCCUCUUCACCCUUACCUCCCCUGGAAGCCUGCUGUGGAUGAGGAGCUUCGAGGGGAUUCAGAGCUUAGCGGUCCUUUGCUUCCACUUCCCUGUGUUCAUCACUCUUCUCUGGGCUCUAGAUCAGUCUACCUUGGAUGAAGUGUGGGGGUGGCACUCCUGGGAAAGGGUGUUACAGGGUUAUGUUGUGACGGCAGUGGCAUGGCUUUACUGGAGUCGAUAUUUGUCAUCGCUUUUGCUCUCAUGUGGUCAAUACAUCUCCUCUCUGAUGAAGAAGGCGCCAUCUGAGAAGCCUAAGGAAGACACCUGUGACCCUCUGAAGAGGCUGAUGGGAUACAUGCGGCCUUAUCUCUGGCGCUUUGUCGCUGUGCUGACUCUUGUAAUCCUCUCUUCUUUGGGUGAGAUGGCCAUCCCUAAAUACACUGGUCGUGUGGCAGACUGGAUCAUAAAUGAAGAAACACCGGAUGCAUUCACAGAGGCCAUCACAGUCAUGACACUUAUGACUUUUGCCAGUGCUGUGCUUGAGUUUGUAUGUGACCUCAUGUACAACAUCACCAUGAGCUGCAUACACACCUCAGUGCAGGGGUCCGUCUUCCAGGCUGUGCUGAAACAGGAGAUUGCUUUCUUUGAGGCAACUUCAACAGGUGAACUAGUGUCCCGGGUUACCACGGAUACCAAUGACAUGAGUGAGGCACUGAGUGAGAAACUAAGUCUUGUGAUGUGGUACACGGCGCGUUUUGCCUUCCUCAUGUUCUUCAUGGUGAGCCAGUCAUGGAAAAUGUCUCUGCUUACCUGUAUGGGACUGCCUAUCAUCUGGGUCAUACCCAAGCUCACUGGACACUUCCAUCAGACUAUUGCUGUAAAGGUUCAGGAGUCUCUGGCUAAGGCCAACCAGGUGGCCACGGAGACUUUCUCCAACAUGAAGACGGUGAGGAGCUUUGCCAACGAAGAUGGAGAGACAGAGAGGUACAGAGAGCGGCUGGAGGAGACUUACUCCCUCAACAAAAAGGAAGCGCUGGCCUAUGCAGCCUCUACCUGGGCUAACAGUAUGACGACCUUGGCCCUGAAGGUGUGCAUUCUGUACUAUGGAGGGACUCUUGUCACCAGGGGGCAGGUCAGCAGUGGAAACUUGGUGUCAUUCGUCCUCUAUGAGCUUCAGUUUGCCUCUGCUGUAGAGGCUGUCAUGCAUUAUUACCCGGCAGUGAGGAAGGCGAUUGGUGCCUCUGAGAAAAUCUUUGAAUAUUUAGAUCGCAACCCUCAAUUACCAGCAAACGGCACUCUGUCCCCCCAAGAUCUUCAGGGACACAUUCAGUUCAAAGAUGUUACAUUUUCCUAUCCCGGGAGUACAGACAAUAGCAGUCCUGUGCUCAAGCUAGUCUAA